CCCCUGCAACAACUACUGAUUAAUGAUUACAAACAAUUCCCCAUGUCAACAAUUCUGUUCAACUCCAAGCAACUAUAUGAACACAAUCAAAAUAGGAAAAACAAAAUCUCAUAGAACGGAAAAACAUUAGAGAGAGAAUACAGUCAUAUAUCUCCAUCCUUCAUGGCUCUUAGUUACGACCUCUGAUUCUUGGAGAAGAAUCGCAGAACAACAUAGAACAAGACCCUGUAAAGAGCAGCCCAACCCAACAUUGCCGCAAUCCUCUUCCACUUCUCUGAUUCUUCCCCGCUGAUAUUCAGAGAAUGCAGGAUCCCGAACCCGGUAAUCGGCCCUUCUUUCGUGCUCCCGAACACCUCAUCCGUCUGAUACUGAUUCAUCAGCAGCCCUUCGUACGGAUACGUAAUCGUGGAGAUCGUGUUCAUCCACUUCCAGUACGGCGGAACAUCGGCGCUGCUCAAGAAAUACCCACAGAACAGGAAGAAGAGAGCCGUGAACGCAAUCACCGAAGCGUAACCCAGGAUGUAAUUCGGCACCACGGAGCUCACGAACACGACAAAGGAAUUGGUAGAGAGCAGAGAGACGUAGAGGACCAGCAAGAAGUAGUAAAACGGCCCGCGGAGCUUGAGGGCGUUCCAGACAAUGGCGGCGUAGACGGCCGAUUGCAGCAGCAGGAAAGGGAGGCCGGCACGGCGUCGUUCGACGAGAAGAAGAAGAGGCAGACGGUGAAGAUGAAGAAGCUGAGGCGGUUGGUUAUCCCUUGGAGGUCGGCUUUGGGAUUCAUGAACAUGGUCGCCAUC